AUGGCACUAUCUUCCGAUAUUCUCGCGCUGUCUACUUCGUUUCCCUCCAAGCAAAAGAGAGCGCUAAUGGAGUUUACAAACACGUGGGGCGACGGCAAGGUUUUUGAUCUGUAUCGUACUCUCGAUAGAUCAGCUACCAGCGUAUCACGCCUAGAAAUUCGAAUUGAGGGAAGUGCACCGCCCCAUCGCUUUGUACUUGCGUACCUCACAAACGGGCCUACCUACCGAUUUGAUCGUCGCCCAGAGACUUCCAAACCUGGUACCUUGGCGCUUGAAACCUUUGCUGGGUUGUCUAAUCGCAAGGCCGCGGACGACUACUCCAUAUUAAACCUCGAAGAUGUUGAAGCCUUAAAGGGAACGACACAUUGUGAAUUAGAUUUAUCCGCGCCGCCUAAUACCGAUUUGCUGCACGUCUUUUCGGCAUGCUUUUCACUGUCGCAGGAUAAAAAGGCUCGAGAAUAUGCACUCCUCAAGUAUAAUUGUUAUUUCUUCUCUUGGACGCUGGUCAUGAUUGUGGCGCGACAUACACUUCCUUUUGUCGUACCGUCUUCAGAUGAGGUGGUAGAACGGGCAACUCCCAAUCUUCACAGCCUUACCGACUCUUUGACAGACAAAAUCGUCGACAUAUUGCUAAAUCUGGUAUUGAAUACCAUAUCCGAGUUUAGAGCACGAUUGGGACGAAGCAUAAUUGGUGGGCUAAGAAAACGCGGAGUCAUAGUGUGGAGCCUGCCAGUUGGGGCUGUUCGUUUCGUCCUUCGUCGAGCCCUGAAAUAUCAGCUAGACUCUGGCCUUCGCAGCAAACUGAAACAGAAAACCCAAGAGCAGCUGGUCAGCUCCUUGAAGCCUAUGCUCGAAGAGCUAUUGGGGCAGCGGGAUACAGCGCAGACCAUUAUUGAGGUUGACAAGCGGCUAUGGAUUGAUGAGUUGGUUGACGAUUUUCGACCACUUGUUGGCCAGCAACUCACAAGAGUCCUGUGGGAUGUGAUUCUCAAUAUAAUCUCGCCUCCGGCCAAUGUUACAAGCACAGAGAUCAAUGAACAGACACAAACUUCCACAGAGCGCCCAGAAUUCUCGGUGCGGAUUAAACGGGGUCUGAUAGGGGAUUUUCAAUUUGUGAAGAUGUGGAACGAUGCGCUAAGUGCGGCUUUACCAGCUGCCCGAGAGGCCGCCCGCGGCAAAGCGGAUCCUUCCAAGUUUCAGGAUAGCCAACAGCUACACUCUGAGAUGUUUAAUACUGCCUUCAAGGCAGCGUCAGGAGCGGCGCUAGAGGCAGCUCAGAAGGUUGCUGAAGACACCAAAGAAGAAAUGAAUAACCCAAAGCGAGAUGAUAUGUGGAAAAAGUUUUGGAAGGUUUGGGACAUUGUCUGGGAUUCCUCUAGAUCUAAGGCCGAAGCAACGGUUGUGCAAGUAGUUAACAACGCGGCAGAAGACAUUGUGAAAGUAGUUGCGAAAAGCUUGGUUGAAGUAGUAGGAAACAACAAUAAACAACAUUUUAUGGCGUUAAUUAGCGAGCAUCGGUCCCAGGUACCAGAGGCCAGGAGACUUUCUAUUGCUGACUUUCAGAAUAAUAUACUCAAAUCUGUUCGAACUGCAUAUAUCCAGACUUCAGAGCCUUAUGUAGCAAGUAUUCAAGCAGCUAUGGGAAGGGCAUGGGACAUAUCCAAAACGACAUAUCGGCCAUUCGGACCGCAGCAGCAAAGUGAAUAA